AUGAUCAUCGCCAUCAUGAACAACUUUAUCGAGACGCAGAGGUCUAACAUUGAAGAACUCGAUAUAAUUGAAGAUUCAGUGUCCAAAAAGUUAUUGAAGAAUCCAUUUAUAUUACCAUCACAUCUACAACCCAAACAAAAUUUCCUUAUAUCAAAGAUCAACAAACCAAAAUCAACAAAACGACUCACACUUCAACAACAAUAUGAAUUGAAGUACUUUAAUGAUCGUUAUAACCAGAUUAUCAAAGACUUAAAUCAUUGUUUAAAUUCAGAAAAAGAAUUAUUUGAUAAAGCAUUACCCGAACCAUCAUUUGAAAAAUUCGAUGAAUUGAUCAAUAAUAUCCCCGAGAAUGAAGAGAUGGUCACUGAUCCAAGAGUUUUGUAUUCAAGUUAUAGUUCCUUGGAUAAAGAAAAAUUUCCAAAUGAUGUCACUCUUAAGAUUAAAAAUGGUAAAGAAUUGGAAUUCGUAAAAAGAAAACACAUAUUGAGUUAUGUUGCAUCUCAUUUAAAGAAUUUGGAGAUUGAUGAGACAUUAGAUAUGCACAAGUUUCAUGAUAUUUACGUUAACAAUUUUGGAAAAGUUUCCUAUAUUGAAUAUCUUUAUAAGUUUAUGAGUUUCCCUUACAAUACCACGAAUGGGUCAUACACCACGUAUCUUACUGAAUUAAGCGAGUUUCUUACAAAGAGACUAAUAGAAUUAUACCCAUUGACUGAUUACCAGGAGCUAUUGAAAUCUUGGAAACUGAAUUUUAAAGUUGAAGAAGGGAAGCCAAAUGAAAAAGGCGAAAUAUUCUGUGAACCAUGUAACAAAAUCUUUGCCAAACAAACAGUUUAUGAUGCACAUUUAUCCGGGAAGAAGCAUAAGAAGAAUGCCCAGAAUAUAUCCCAAAAGGAUAGUUUAAUUCCUUGGAUGGAAUAUUUGAUUCAAAAAUUAUGCGAUGAGUUGAAAUUAGAUUUAGAAUAUACUAGAUCAGAAGUUGAAAAAUUGGCCAAUGCAUCAGAACGUGAAAUCCAAUUAGAUAAACACUUGCAACGAGAAAUUGAAAACGAGUUUGUCAACAUAAACGAAGAUGAUAAUGAUUCAGAAGUACAAGUAUCAGAUGACGAAGGUGAUGAUUCUUUUAAGAAUUUACCUCUUGGACCAGAUGGCACGCCGAUACCAUUCUGGCUAUAUAAAUUGCAAGGGUUACAUAAACAAUACAAAUGUGAAAUCUGUGGGAAUAUUACAUAUAAAGGGAAAAAAGUAUUUGUCAAACAUUUCAACGAACCAAAGCAUCAAUAUGGGUUGAAAUGUCUUGGUAUUGAUGAGGAUAAAAUGGUUUUGUUUAAGAAUAUUGUUAAAAUAGACGAGGUAGUACAAUUGUGGAGGCUGUUAAAGAAAGAAAUCAAAACCCAACUGAAUGAAAUAGAAAUAGAAGACAAACAUGGUAAUGUAAUGUCCGAAAAAGAUUAUUUAGAUUUAAAGAAACAGGGCUUAUUGUAA